AUGUUUAAUAUAAAUCUUAGGUUAAUCAAUUCUAUUGAUAAAUCAUUAAUUAAAGGUUUACGUAUGAUUUUAAUAGAUACAAUAAAUGAUAUACAGGUAUCAAUCACUUGUCAUUUAGAUUUUUCGGAAGAAAAAUUAUCUAACUUAGUACGUAUUAUAUGUCCACAAUCCCUUACAAUUCAAAUUGAAAAACCAUUUUCGAUAGCUGUUAAAUAG